GUUCAGUUUUAGUCGUACCGCCGAACGGGAAACACACAACGCGCACAACACACCACCCAACAGCAAACCAUUACACAUACCAUUACAUAGCAUUUCAGUCUUUUUAUUUUUUAUAGUUUUAAGUAGAAACCUAUAUUACAUAUACACACAGUCGCACAUACACACACAUUCAGUCACAAUCACACACACACACACUGCUAGUACCGGUGCCAGUUUAAUUUUCCCGCGGAAUAACGAAGAAUAAGAAAAAGAAGAAAGGAGCAGGCAAAGUUUGGAUAAAGAAGAAGAAACUUUUACAAGUUUUGAAACAAAUCAAAAUAAUAGAUAGUGAAAAUCAAGGAACAGACAGAAGAUGUGAAAAUUCUUGUAAUGAAAAAAACAAAAAAAUCAAAUGAAGGAAAACAAAAAAUUACCAAAAAACAAUUUGGACAGUAGAAGGUUACCCCGGCAAAACUUUGGAAACUAAACCACGUUGAAGACCCUCGGCCCAUGGUGGAUUAGUGUGAGGAGUGGGGAGCGCUUGGCGGCUGGUGUCCCACCCCCAAAUAAUGUAAUUGUAUUUGCAUCCAGAAACAUGGUGUAGGUGUACGUGUGAGUGUGUGUCAAGGCACGUGAGAUUCCACCGGGGAGAAGGAUUUGUUUGUGGCUUGGCAAACGGCCAACGCUGGUAGCUGCUUCCUGCAGCGAAUUCUAGUUAGCAGAGCUUCCUUAAAAGCCCGGAAGUUGAUUUUCGCAAGAAGAAUAAAGUAAAAGUCAUCGUGCAGCAGCAAGGGCGCUUUGUUUUGGCGCCACGAAAUUGCCGGAAGAGAGAAAAGCGUUAGAAAAAGCGCGGGAACAAAUCCCGCGGGAAAUUGGAAAAUUCCCACCACCAACAACCACUUUUCCACUGCUCACACCGUUCGGCGAUGAAAGGCGAUCGUCAGUUCUUGAGUGUCAGCAGUUUUCCAGCACGGCAGCAGCAAGCAACCGGCGGCAGUUUGGAUUAAAUUUUGUUAAUUCAGGUGAAACGGUGUGAUUGUUGGAGCUAGAGCAAGAGUGCCAGUUAGUGUAGAGGAAAACAAGUGAAAAAUUUGUGUAAAUAUUAAUUCCAACGAUAAAGUGUUUACAUUCUAAAUCAAAAAUUUGUAAUCGUUUUGCUCUCUGUCUGUCGAAUCACCUCGAAGAAACGAGCGCAGUCACAAAUUUGUAACGAAGAAAUAAGCCCAGUAAUUAGUGUUUGUAGCUGUUUUAAGUGUUUGCAAAUUAAUCAAAUUGCUUAGUAGAAGGUGUCAAAAAACCACAAUUAGUUCCGUGUUAAUUGCUACGUCAUUCGAAACCACCCCCCGCGCCGCUCACCUUAACUAAGGGUGAUGUCGACGUACUAACUAACUAACAAAAAAAGAAGAAGGAAGCAAAACCACGUGAGGGAUGCUUAGUACAAGGCGCAGUGCGGUCCUUAAUCAUUCUAAUCGCAGCCAACCUGGGGCUUCUGACCACCAACGUCGUGGGAAGCCCACCUUGCGGCAACAACGUUGGCUUUAGUUUAGGGAGUUUUUCGUCAUACUAGCCACAACCAUCCGAGCGGUUUUUCGGUUAGUACGAGCUUCAGCAGCAAAAGUAACAAGUUUGCAACGUGAAUUCGGAAUCGAACAGUCGAACAAUUUGUGAUAUGUGAAGCCCCUGCAGUAGGAGCGCGUAAUCGAAUGAUAGACGGUUUGGCGCGAUUUGACAUCGAACGAAACUAUUGGAACGGAAGUAUUCCCGUCACGUUUCGGAGCGGUAAUUUUGCGGCAGUCUGCAAAGGGUUAAACGCCAAUGCCGGCGACUCCGGAAUAGAGAAAGGAACACACGCGUUACUUGCUCGAACUUUUUGGCCAACGAAACGAGCCAUCGUCGUAAAGUUUUAUAGAUGUAUAUAAUGGAUGAACACGUUCAACGAAAUGAGAACAAGAAACAUCGAAAGCUAGUACGAAGCUAUGAGCAAAUUACGCCCGCUUGUGAUAUCCUGCAGUCUCCGGGUUCGGCGACGUCCCCCGCGAGAACAUCCAGCUCGGUGACCAUGGUGCUUUCCCCGACGAGCGGAGGAACUGGGGCCAACUCAGCCCAAGUUACGACCCUUGCGUUGAUCCAAUCCCCGAAGACGCCCUCACCGAAGGUAGUCACCUCCCCGCAGUCACUUAGCAGAAGCUUCGAGCAGGCCGUAGCGCAGUCUCCACCGAAAUACCAGAUGUACCACCAGUUCAGCCGGAUGUCCAACACCACCCAGCAGUACGUCCAGCAACGUCAGCAGCAGCUCCAGCAGAGUACCUCCCAUGCCCAGCUGGCAUCACCAACGAUGCAUCAUCAACCGCUGGGACGCAAGGCCAGCCUCACCCAGCCGCUUCCCGAGCCGCCAAACUCCAAGCCGUCAUCCAGCAGCCUCUAUCACCAAUCGCUCCAACAAUCGAAACCUAUGGACCAAAGAAGCAAUAACCCUUUUAUACUAAACUUUAACAACAUAUCCGGAUGUUGCAUGAAGAACUCACCCCCACCGCCAUCCUCCAGCUCACCAAGUUCAACCUCCCCAGCAACCAUAACCACCCCACAACCCGCCCAAACUCCAACCGUUCCGGCACGCCGCAGUCGAUCCCUCCUUCUAAAGUCCUCCUCCACCCAACCACCCAACCAUCCUCCACCCACAACCGCUCCCACCGGACAGGUUCCACCGGUUCCGCCGCGGCUCUCCAAGUCACCAACGCCCACCAAAGAGGCCUCCCCUUCGCCAAUGCCCACCGUAACAACGACCGCCACCACCGUGCUGACAGCGCCCACCAUCGUAACGGCGACGGUAAGCUGUAGUACCGGCACCAACGAACGGCCAGUGACGACUCCAGUGCUGGCGACGGCACCGUCGCUGGUCAAGACGGUGGCCGAUGAGAAGGAGCAGCAGCAGCAGUCUUCGGCCCUGGUGAACGUGCGGAAGAAGCGGGACGACUUCCUGAAGGCGACCAUGAAGAUCUGCCUGGUGGUGUCGCCGCCUUCGUGCAAGUUGCAGCUUAAAUCCAGAAGUCUCACACAUUUAGAUAAGCUCGAACCGCCAAUCGCAACGCCGACCAACAUUUCGAGCGACUACCAUCAGCUGGAUCGGUUCAAGAGUGACAACUCGGACACGUCCAAUACGUCGAUUGCUUCCGCCACCGGAUCUUCCGGGUAUGGCGGCGGGGGCCGGCUUGUGGCAACGGGCGGGGUCGGCGGCAGUGGCAUCUGCUAUCCCAGCAGCACCGAAGGGCCCAGUCCGGGUGAGGUGUUAUCGCCGUCCCCUUCAGGGCCACCCCCGGCGCUGGCCACCUCCGGCAGUGCCCUCAUCGGGCUCAGUGACAGCGGCGGGGGUUGUAUAAAUCCUGCCUACGACAAUGGUGACGGAAAUUGCCCUCUCGGGGGCACACCCACUACGGGAGGCCCUGUCAAGCCGGAUGAAGUCGGCGCCGAGCGGGACGGAACAUCUGGAGGUCCGGGACCGGGAGGAGGUGAAAGCACAACCAGCAGCACCAGCAACGAAACUACGAACCAAACCUGCUGCCUGUCGUCCCCGUCCUGCCCCAAGAGCAAGUCCCUGUCCACGUCGGCGUCGUUCAAGAAAAAGUCCUCGUCGUUUUUGCACCGCGAGCGCAAGAAACCGGUGCUGACGCGGAGUCAAGUUUCCAGUUCGGAAUAUUUCUCCGUGUACUUCGAAGCCGGCGAAAGCAACGGAUUCCGGGACGAGGUCCUAAUACCGGCCACGAAGGGAGUCUGCUUGGCCGACUCAUUGUUCUCAUCACUCUCGCAACGAAGCCUUAGCUUUUCCCAGAUCUAUGUCACGGACAACGGAUUUAGCAAUUCACAUGAACUUGGCGUUCAAUACCUGGGACCACUGGAUGCGUACACGGACAUUUCGAGCCUGGCCGGCCGGACGUUGAUAGUCUCGGACAAGGACAGCGGCGGGAGGCGACCCGGUGGCCACAUUACCCUCCAAAAAGCCGCUUCCGUUGGCUAUCGGUCCACCUCGAACCGCCUCUUCACGUCUACCUCCACCGACGAAACGUACGACCAGAGUCCAAAGGCGGCAUCCUCUUCAUCCAACAAGCAAUCGAAGCAAAAAUGGACAAUAUCGUUCGGAUCCAAGGGACCACAAAAAUCAAAACUCUGCGAAUUGCUGGACAGCUACAAUAAGGGCAUCCCAAAACUGACGUCUUCCGCCAGCAAUUUUGAUAAACCAGAAUAUUUAGAAGCAUUAGAAGGCCUUAAAAACUUACCUCAAUCGUGGACGGACAUCGUCAACUGUGCCGGAAUGAGCGAAACGGAGACAAAAAUUCAAUCUGCCAUAUGGGAGUUGGUAACGACGGAAGUUUACUACAUCCUGGCCCUGCAGACUGUAACAGAUCUAUUUCUGGCCUGCCUCGAGGAUAUCCAGUCGCACAACAUCCUAACCGACGUUGAUCAGAACAAAUUGUUCUCCAACAUACGCGAUAUUUGCGAGUCGAACCUCAAGUUCUGGACGCAGUAUCUGUACCCGAUGGUAAAAGAUAGCGUCGAAACCAAAGAGCAGAUGAGUGUGUUCCGGUUCAAGGACGGCUUCAUGGAGUUUUCCAACAUUUUCGGACCGUACACCAAGUAUUGCGCCGAGCAGAGCACCUGCCAGUACUACUGCAAGGAGCUGUACCAGAGCAAUUCCCUCUUUAUGUCCUACUGUGCCUGGUGCGAGUCGCAAAAAAUGUGCAACCGCCUCCGACUAGCCGAUAUCCUGGUGCGACCCAUGCAGCGAUUAACCAAGUAUGGGCUGCUGCUGGCAGCGAUUAAGAAGCACAUUGCCGACGAGAACGAGGGGGAGGCGAUUGAUGAGAUGAUCCAUUCCGUUGAGGUGUUUGUGGCCGGCGUAAACGCUCACCUGACCACGCGGCAAGAGAACGAACGUCUCAAAGGCAUCAACGCGCGGAUCGACUCGUACGAUGUGGUCGACUCGAACAACGAACAUCUGGACAAAAUGGUGAAACAGUACAGCACCAUGCUGGACCUGAGCUUACCGAUGCACGGAACCGUCGAGGGCCGCAAGUUAUUCCUGGAGGGUGAUCUCAAAUUCAAGGACAGCCUUGGCAAGAUGGACGUCCACUGCUUCCUGCUCACGGACUUUCUGCUGGUGUGCAAAAAGAACAAACAUGAAAAUUUAAAGGUCGUCCGCCAGCCUUACAUGACGGACCGGCUGUCGGUGCAAAUCAAGGAGCAAACGCUGUACUGUUGCUACCUGAACGAACUCUCGAUGGUGGUGGCCGCCUUCACGCUGCAGUGUUCCAAAGCCCAAAGCUGGUACGAUUCGAUCACGAAAGCCAAACACAUCUACUCCCGGUUGAAGCUGGGCAUCGCCGGCGUUACGGCGGACCAUCUGCGGCAGUACGGCAACAUGAUCAACAUCAACAACAACAGCAACAGCAAUAUCAACAUCGCCAACAACGACCUGAGUCUGAGCGUCCGAAAGUCUCCACUGAACAGCUCGAUCGGAAGCCGGGUCAGCAGCUUGAACAACAGCCACAGCGGGUCGGUGGAUCUGAACGAGUCGAAGCAGGUGUCGAUAGACUUCGAAAAGGCCAACUCGCUGUCCAGCGAUGAGGGAGCGGGUGCUGUGGCGGGUGUCAUCGCGACGAAACUUGGUGCCGUUCCGCCGUCGAGAAAGCUGAAGUCGACGGUAACGACGAUGCACACGACCUCGUCGAAUUCCUUGACGGUGCAACCGUUCAGCGGGUUGGGCCAGAGUAUGCCCAACCUGAACCUCAACUCCAUGCAGAAUAGUGUUGUUUACAGCAAUACUCUAUCCGUACCUGGGACGUCCAGCAGUCAUUCGCACUCCGGUAUGGUGCUAUUGUCUCCUAGUCAGCGAGGAAUAUCCUACCCACCGCCUUCGCCAACGAGAGCAACUCUGCGCCGAGGAUUCGCCUUCUCGGCCUCCAUCAAGAACCCCCCGCUGAUCAAAACGCGCAACGUGGCCUCCCAGCAGAGUUUCGUCCUAUCUCAGCAGUCCAGCUUCAACUCGGCCACCCUCAGCCAGCACCACCAGCAGUGUCUGCCGACGACUUCGUCCCCAUCGCCCAGCGGCAGUGGUUCACCGAACGUGGCCUUCAUCAAGCGCAAGAACAGCUUCCAAAGCCAGGCUCCGAGUCCCAGUGGUGGUGGAGGCAGUGGACCCGGAACCGAUCCAAAUACACCCAGCGGUGAAGUGGCCACCUAGUAUAAGCUACUGCCCUCCGGCCGUAGGUAGGAUAAGUUCUACCUGGUGACGACCUACCGUAGGAAAUAGCAUUUAUAUUCCCCACCCCAGCCCAGCUGAGGUGGGUCAAUCGUUGUGUAACCUAAGAGGUCAUCAAAUUCCGUAUGUUGAGUACUUGUAAAUAGUGAGAUUUUAACCUGAAAACACACAACUACAGUGAAAAUCAUUGUACAGAGAGAACAAACAAAAUCUUGUAUUUUAAACUUAGACAAAAAAAAAGAAACAAACAAACAAAACUAUUCAAACAAAAUGUCGUUUUUACGUUAUUUUACGUUUUUGAAUUCGAAACAAAUGUUGAACACAACAUAACAAAACGAUGCUGUGACAAACACUAGAAGCAAAGCAAGGACCCACGUGGAAAACAAACGGCAAACAAUUGGAAAUUGGAAACUCAUCCGACGGAUGAGGUUAACUGUUUGUUUUCGAAAGAAUCCUUCUAAAAUAAUCGUAUCCUAUCUAAAACCUUCCUUCCCUCCUCUAGUUGUUGCUCUUUUCUUUUUCUUUUCCUAACCCUCUAAAUGUAGCUGUUUUUUAAAUGGGCAACGGUGCUGCAAUAAUUUUGUUGUAGAGAGAGAGAGAGAGAGAGAGAGAGAGAGAGAAAAACGCCACUAUUUGAUGUCAACUUUUUUUGAUUGCUGCUGGAAGCUUUUGAAAGGCAUUUUUGCUGGU